AUGGCCUCACCCAGCUGUGGGAUGGCGCCGGCCUGCGAUGACUCCGACAGCGAUGCUGACCUUCAGGAGCCCGACGCGGAGGGCUCGCCCUGCCCGCCGGCGGCCACCGGCAAGUGGUGGUUCGUCCCCGACGCGGAGAUCCAGGCGUUGAUCUCCGAGCGGUCCCAGCACGAGGCGCGGCCGCCGUGGCCGCGCGGGGCCCGCCCGCCGGCCGGCACCGGCCUGCCCGGAGGGAGGGCGGAGGGCGCCGCGGACGCCGGCGCCGCGCAGGCGGUCAGCCCCAAGAAAGACUGGAGGGUGCCCGACUCGGCCAUUACCGACCUGGUCGCGUCUCUGUCCUCGGCGGCUACGCCUUCGACGCCUCGUACGGGCCCCGGCAGCGCCAGGCUCCUGCCCAGCUUGGGCGGCAGCGGGCCGUUCGCGCAGACGCUGCGGGUGGCGAGCCCGGCCUCGACGCUCCGGGCCGGCACCGGCACGCUCGCGCAGGCCCUUCGGGCGUCGAGCCCCGCCUCGACGCUGCGGGCGUCGAGCCCUCGCACGUGGCCGGGGUGCAACAGUGCUCGCCAGUCUGAGAAGACGUUUGAUAUCUGGAUAUACUUUACGGACUCGGAGGAUCACAUGCGGGUCACCGUGCCUCCGUCACUGCGGCUUGGGCCCCCCGCGCAUGGCUCGGAGGCCGACACGGACGCCGCCGUUGGCCGCGGCAGCGUUGGGCCGUGGCGGGCAGAGUCGCUGAAGGGCCUGAUAGAGGCGGCGUGCGACAUAGAGGUGGGCCGGCAGAGAUUCUUUUUCCGCCAGACCGCCCUCAUCAACGACGGGCUCUCUUUGAAGUCGUACGGCAUUGGCGACGGAGACCAGCUGAAGCUGCGCAUCCUCAAGCACGGCUCGCACUCGAUGGGGGUCAAGGCGUGCCGAUCGGAGAGGCUGCGCGGCGACCGGCUGGCAGGGAAGUACGACGGAUGGGCCCUGGCGAAGACGAAGCACAUCAAGCAGUGUCGCAACUCGCAGGGCGUCGUGUACAUGCAGCCGAAGUGGAACAAGGUUCCUCCCCAGUCGGAGCCGCACAUCAGCCUGGCCGCGGGCUGCUCCUACUCCAGCAGGAUGCACGGGAGCGGUGCCCUUGCCCACCCCGUGUACGUCAAAGACCGGGACGACAACCAGAUGAGGAACCUGCGGACGAGGCUGUCCGUGCUGUGA